GUUGGCGCGAGCAGAGCAAGACAAGAGCAGACAGAGAGCGCGCGCGCGCGCGGCGGGAGGAGCGAGGGGCACGAGGCGCCUCCCAAAGCUCUCCGAGGAGGGAGGGAAGGAGGGAGGGGCGCCCCGCUUGGCUCCAGCUUUGCCUUUGCCGCGGGGCUCCCCGCGAGAGAUGUUCACCCGCGCCGUGAGCAGGCUGAGCAGAAAGCGGCCGCCUUCAGAAAUAAAUGACAGUGACAACAAGCCGGGUAGCAGCCAACAAAAUCUGAAUGGCACCAGAAGAUGGGCUUCAUCCCUAGAAAAUUUAUUGGAAGACCAGGAAGGCGUCAAGAGAUUUAGGGAGUUUUUAAAGAGAGAAUUUAGUGAAGAAAAUGUUUUGUUUUGGUUAGCAUGUGAAGAAUUUAAGAAGAUAAAAGAUAAGAAACAGAUGAAAACCAAAGCAAAUGAAAUUUACAUGACAUUCUUGUCAAGUAAAGCUUCUUUUCAAGUCAAUGUUGAAGGCCAGUCCCGUUUGGAUGAGUCAAUAUUGGAAGCACCUCACCCGCUCAUGUUCCAGAAACUUCAAGAUCAGAUUUUCAACCUCAUGAAAUACGACAGCUACAGCCGCUUUUUAAAGUCAGACGUGUUUCUUAAACUGAAGCAAACUGAAGAACAGGAAGAAAAUUCAUCCGACACUCAAACUGUACCAAAAAGAGCGUCGAGAAUUUACAACACAUGAUCCAUAUAACAACAAACAGUAAUUCCUACUGAGACUGUAUAAUGAAAAACAAAUGAGUUCUCAGGAAUAGUUUUUAAGGAUAACACGCUUGUAAUCCAUGCUUGAAAAACACAGAACUCUGUUAAGCGAUUCUUCACCUUAACUCGUUUGAAUGACCCCAUUGCUUAUACAUUGGCUACUACUGAAUCCCUUGGCUAAGAGUGGUUAUACCAAGCCCUUAAAAGGAAAGAAGAGCAUAUUAAUAAUUUGCAAAAAGAAGACUGGGGUGCUUUUCUGUAUUUUAAAAAAACUUUUCUUGUGAAUUAUUGGACUGUAGCAUAAAAAUUGUUAUGAAUUUGAAAAUAGGGUCUAGCAUUAAAAAAGGGUGUCUGUUUUGGAACUAUCAUGACCCUAAACUCAGUUUUUUAUAUAAAUGUAUACUUUUCAUGCAAUCUGAGAUAAUGUAAAUGCUCACUUCAUUUCUAUAGAUGAAUGACAAAACCGACCUAACAGAAAAAAGCUCAACUUUUUUCUUGCUACGCACAAAUGUAAAAAUCUCAACCUUGUUGAAACUUUGAAACAUUCAUUUGAUUCAAGCUUUAAAACCACACAGUUUUUUUCAGUUGCUAAUCAAAAUGACUAGAAAAAUCCCUUUGUCCUUUCUUUAUAAUAAAAUACAUGUUUCUACUCCGCAA